UUUGUUCUCCCUUCUUUUGUUUGUGUGUUUCCAAAAUUCCAAAGUUUCAAUUUUUUUUGGGUGGUGGUGAUUCGAGACUCGCUCUUCUCUCGGAGAAUGUGGGUUCGUUUCCUUUCUUUUCUUCUUUUCGUUCUUUCCAAUCUAUUUUGCUCCAGUUCCUGCAUGAUGAUCGUUUGUCCAGGUUCUUGUUUCUUACCGAAGUGAAGUACAUGAGUACUUCAUGCAUGAUUAGCAGGUGUUGACAUUCUGGUGGGGGUGUUCAGAGAUUGACGAUUUAGUAGGCACCUAGAAUGAAGCAAUAGGCUACUAGUGAAGAGAAUGGGGUCUCAAGGUGGUGGCGGCAGUGGUGCGGUACAAGUAGCCGAAUCGCGGAUACUGGCCCGCCAAGGGUCUCUGUAUGGACUCACUCUAGAUGAGGUCCAAAACCAUCUCGGCCACUUGGGGAAACCACUUGGCAGCAUGAACCUCGAUGAGCUUCUCGAGAGUGUGCGGAGCGCUGAAGCCAAUCUGGGCCCAACACCCGGUGCAGCCGGCGUUCAGCCGCUUUCUAAGGAUCUCUGCAAGAAAACAGUCAAGGAGGUGUGGAAAGACAUUCACAAGAAGAAGAAAAACGGCGUUGAGAAUCAUCUUCGCAAUGAGAGCAUGGGCGAAGAAGAGAGAGCGCCCACAUUUGGGGAAAUCACAUUAGAAGACUUUUUGUUGAAGGCAGGGGUUAUGGCGGAACUUCCUCUGGUCGGCCAAAAUGGUAGUCUGAUUUCAGGGCUCGAUUCGGCUCCGGCCCCAAAGAGCAAUAUCCCUCAAUGUAUCCAGUGGAUGCAGUACCAUCUCCCCUCCAUCCCCCAGCCGCAGAAUGUCAUGACUGGCCUAGCAGCAGGUGACCACAUGGUUCAGCCACGGAUUCCCAUCGGCACUCAUCCUGCCAUGGAUGCAGUCUACCCGGAUACCCAAAUUUCUAUGUCCCCCUCCACGUUGAUUGGUGCACUUUCGGAUGUUCAGUCACCAGGGCGGAAUACAGUCACGCCCAGAGAUGUUGUGGAGAAGACUGUAGAAAGGAGAAGGAAAAGGAUGAUUAAGAACAGAGAAUCGGCUGCUCGAUCACGAGCUAGGAGACAGGCAUAUACCCAUGAGCUGGAGCACAAGGUCAUGCGAUUGGAGGAGGAGAAUGCGAGGCUUGGUCGGCAGAGGGAUGUUGAGAAAAUGUUUCCAUGCGAGCCGCCUGCUGAGCCCAAGGGUAAGCUUCGCCGAACAAGUUCUGCGCCCAUUUUGACAACUCACCACAUUUGAGUGUUGUGUGGAGCGCAGUUUUGUUGUUGCAGUUCACAUCUACUGAUUGCACGCCCACAACUUCCUUGUUUCCGAAGGCUACACAACCCCAUUUUCCCAACUCUCGGAGGAAUCUUGUCUGUGUCACUUCUUCAAUUUCUUUUUUUUUUCCCAAUACUAAUGCAUUGAAUGGUUUCCACUUGAAACGAUUUGGUGCUACUGGUCUUUACCAAUUUGUGAGGUCAACUGUUCUUCUUCCCCAACUCCCAAACCAUCUUUUCAAGUCCUCUUUUCUGUCCCUUUUUUUUCUGUUUCAUUGCCUCUUUUACACCAAAGAACUUCCUGUAAGGUUCUCUUUGUGCAAAUCGGGACUAUAAACAUCAUGUUUCUCUAGAAUUUAUGCCAGACUAGCUUGCAUGCGAGGCAUCUAAUUCCAUCAUAUCAUUUGAUGGUCCAUGGAGCAAGAUUCAUUAGUCUUUACGACGCACAUUUGUUAGUUUAAUAGAUACAGUGAUGCCACAAGAAAAGAAAACCUAUAAUGUGUUAGUGCUUCAUGAGGUGAGCAGAUAAAGAUCACCAUCUUUUUAGACCAGGCAACUUGUUUUGGCCAGGCUUUUAUAUCAGCCAACUUGCUCUCCAUUCCUCAUGUAUUAUGCACUAAGGUACCCGCACGUUUAACAAUAGAAUGUGAUGGAAUGUUUAACUACUUUAAGUUGAAAGGGAAAAAGUGGCCCCAAACUUCACUUUUUGUCUGCUU